AUGCGGCCUAUCAAAUUUUAUGAUGUUACUCUUAAGGGACUUUCAAGAGUAUCUUGGUCACCUAAUACAUGCAAGAUUCGAUAUGCACUCAACUUAAAAAACAUCCCGUAUGAGACAGUAUGGAUUAGCCUCAGUCAGAUCUUUUCUGAAAUACCUAAAGUCACAAAAUCUGCAGAUGGACCCACAGCUCCAAUAAUCUUUGAUGAAAAUAACGAUAUUGCUGUGCAAGACUCAUGGAAAAUUAUAAAAUAUCUGGAAACUACUUAUCCUAACUCGCCAAAACUCUUGCAUGGAAAUGAAGGGUUGCACUACCUUUUUUAUCAAUACUGUGAAAACGAAUUGUAUGACCCUAUUUUCCGACUCAAUUGCCUUGAUAUAUGGAGGAGAGCAGGAAGUAAAGGCGUUCAAUCAGCCUUUAGAAGGAUUAGAGAAGAGAAAUACAAUAUGACCCUAGAGGAUGUUUACGAAAGCUGGCCAGAGCAUGUAAAGGAGGCUAAUAAGGCUCUAGAGCCUAUACGUAAAACCCUUUCAGAAUAUCCUUAUUUGUCGGGGGAUAAAGGUAAACGAGAAGUUUAG